GUCGCUCACAAGUCACCACCAUGCAACACUCUCUUCGUUCUGAUCUUCUUCCGACGAAGACUUCUCCUCGUUCUCAUUUACUUCCACAACCCAAAAAUGCAAAUAUUUCUCGACGAAUUCUCAUUAACCCUUUCAAGAUACCGACACUUCCUGAUCUCACUUCUCCGGUUCCGUCACCGGUUAAGCUCAAACCAACGUAUCCAAACUUAAACCUUCUUCAGAAGCUAGCGGCUACGAUGCUCGACAAGAUUGAGUCCUCUAUCGUUAUUCCUAUGGAGCAGAAUCGCCCGCUUCCUAAACCGACCGACCCGGCGGUUCAAUUAUCAGGUAACUUCGCUCCGGUUAAUGAAUGUCCGGUUCAGAACGGUUUAGAAGUGGUUGGUCAGAUUCCUUCUUGUCUAAAAGGAGUUUACAUCCGUAACGGUGCAAACCCUAUGUUUCCGCCGUUAGCCGGACAUCAUUUAUUUGACGGUGACGGAAUGAUUCACGCCGUUAGUAUCGGUUUUGAUAACCAGGUUAGUUACAGCUGCCGGUACACUAAAACAAACCGGCUUGUUCAAGAAACCGCGCUUGGACGAUCGGUUUUCCCUAAACCAAUCGGCGAGCUUCACGGCCAUUCCGGUCUAGCUCGACUCGCUCUCUUCACGGCUCGAGCUGGGAUCGGUCUAGUGGACGGGACACGUGGCAUGGGCGUAGCUAACGCCGGUGUGGUUUUCUUUAACGGCAGGUUAUUAGCCAUGUCAGAAGAUGAUCUUCCUUACCAAGUGAAGAUCGACGGUCAAGGAGAUCUUGAGACGAUCGGACGGUUCGGAUUCGAUGACCAGAUUGACUCUUCAGUGAUAGCGCAUCCUAAGGUGGACGCGACCACAGGAGAUCUCCAUACACUGAGCUACAACGUUUUGAAGAAACCUCAUCUCAGGUAUCUUAAAUUCAACACGUGCGGGAAAAAGACACGUGACGUGGAGAUCACGCUCCCUGAACCAACGAUGAUUCAUGAUUUCGCGAUAACCGAGAAUUUUGUCGUUAUACCGGAUCAGCAAAUGGUAUUCAAAUUAUCCGAAAUGAUUCGGGGCGGGUCACCCGUUAUCUACGUUAAAGAAAAAAUGGCGAGAUUUGGAGUUUUGUCAAAGCAGGAUCUGACCGGGUCGGAUAUAAAUUGGGUUGAUGUACCGGAUUGUUUCUGUUUCCAUCUAUGGAAUGCGUGGGAAGAGAGAACCGAAGAGGGAGACCCAGUUAUCGUCGUAAUCGGGUCAUGUAUGAGCCCACCCGACACGAUCUUUAGUGAAUCAGGAGAACCAACCCGGGUUGAAUUAAGUGAGAUCCGGUUAAACAUGCGUACAAAAGAAUCGAACCGUAAGGUUAUCGUAACCGGAGUGAAUUUAGAAGCGGGUCACAUAAACCGUAGUUACGUGGGCCGGAAAAGCCAGUUCGUUUACAUAGCAAUAGCCGAUCCUUGGCCCAAAUGCAGUGGCAUUGCGAAGGUAGAUAUACAAAACGGCACCGUUUCAGAGUUUAAUUACGGACCGAGCCGGUUCGGUGGAGAACCGUGCUUUGUACCGGAGGGAGAAGGAGAAGAAGACAAAGGUUAUGUAAUGGGGUUUGUGAGAGACGAAGAGAAAGACGAGUCGGAGUUUGUGGUGGUCGACGCGACGGAUAUGAAGCAAGUCGCGGCGGUGCGCUUGCCGGAGAGGGUACCUUAUGGUUUCCAUGGAACGUUCGUGAGCGAGAAUCAGUUGAAGGAACAAGUUUUCUGACUUAGUAGUGUGUAUAUUCAUAAUUAUAUGCUAUCUCCUCUUUUUAGGUUUACGUUUAAAUUGGUUAAUGUGUUGAUAUUUUUGGGUAUAAGAAAGGAGUUAUUACAUCUUCCAUAUCAUAAUUAAUAUUU